AUGGAUGAUCUUCAUUGUAGUACUGCAUCAGCUGCUACACCUGGCAGUGUUGCUGCUCUAUCUAGUACUAAUCCUAAGGAGAGUGAGAAUGAGGAGACGAGUAAACAUAAAGAGGAUGAGAAAGGGGAGAAGGAUAAUUGUGUGAGUGGCAAACGUCAGAAAAUUACAUCCGUAGUUUGGAAGGACUUUGAUAGGGUUGUCAAAGAUGACAAGGUGACAGCUACUUAUUUGUGGACAUCAGAACACCAAAAUCUUGGUUAUUGUGUUUUGACCUGUCACUACAUUGAUGAUGAGUGGAACUUACAUAAGAAGAUCCUUUCUUAUAAGAUGCUUCCAACCCCCCAUACUGGGGAAGCUAUAAGUGAGCACAUAAAGACUCAAUUGUUAAGUUGGAAUCUUGAUAAGAAGAUUUUGAAUCUUAUUGUUCAAGAUGGAUUGGUAGAGCUUAGAGAUGCACUGAUGAAGACUCGGUGGAAUUCCACUUAUGAAAUGCUUCAUAAUGCUUUAGAGGUGAAAGUAGCUUUUGAAUGUCUGGCAGAAUUGGAUAACAAUUUCAAGACUUUGCCAACUAUGGAGGAGUGGGAGAAGUGCAAAAAAAUUGAGCAAUGUUUAGAAAUUUUUUAUGAUGCCACCAUGCACAUGUUGGGUUGCAAGUAUCCUACUGCAAAUUUCUACUUCAAAGAUGUGUGUGGUAUUCUUUUGAAGAUACGUGGAUGGGAACAAAGCAAAGAUGAUUGUAUUAGUUCUAUGGCCAUCACGAUGAGAUUAAAAUAUGAGAAAUAUUGGAAGGGUGCUAGUUUGUUUAUGGCGCUUGGGGCUAUUCUUGAUCCUCGCUACAAGAUGAUACUUAUUAUGUUUUGCAUGCAUAGGAUUUGUUGGAAUAUUGAUGCUGAACAUUAUGUUUCACAAAUCAAAUUUGAUGUGGCUGACCUCUAUGCUGAGUAUGCAAGUAAGUUUAGUAGUUCUUGUACUCAAUCUAUUGGGGAUGUCUUUGAUAGUGUUGCCACCAGGAAUGAGUCGUCUGAUGGAAGUUUUAAGAAAGAGAAAAAAAGUUAUAAUGAUGAUUUUAAGAAAUUUGUAGCUGAGGAGUACAGUGUUUUAAUGCAACCCUCAAAGUCUGAAUUGGAUCGAUGCUUGGAAGAAAGUUUAUUUUCCGAUGUGGAUGAUGAUUCUUGCUUUGAUAUUUUACAUUGGUGA